AUGUGUCUCAAAUUUAUAUGGCUUCUCCUGUCAAAUGCGCCCUCCUUGUGGGUUGACUGGCACCGAAGCACGCACCUCCAUGGUCAAUCUUUCUGGACUAUCACAGCAAACGACAAUGACUCUUGGGCAUGGCGGAAACUAUUGGACUUAAGACCUCUGGCGCUUCGUUUUUGCAAAACCGUGCUGGGAAACGGACAGACCGCAAGCUUUUGGUUCGAUAACUGGAGUCCGCUGGGACAGCUGAUUGAUCACAUAGGCCCGACAGGACCCAGAAGGCUCCGACUUAGAGACAACGCGGUGGUGGCGGAUGCUAUCUCCGGAUCAUCGUGGACUAUGCCUCAUCCUCGCUCGCAAAUGGAAGUAGACCUGCACGCUCACCUCACUACUAUUAAUCUACCACUCCCCUCUGAUGUUAAUGAUGAAUAUAUAUGGGUUGCUCGUGAUUCGUCUUUUGUUGAUUUCAGGUCCUCCACAACGUGGGAGGUGCUCAGACCAAGACAGGAGAUUCAAAACUGGGUGGAUGUUGUCUGGUUCAAAGGCGUUAUCCCGAAGCUCAGCUUCAACAUGUGGAUUGCUAACUACGACCGGAUGCCCACUCGAUCAAGAUUGGCUGCUUGGGGCGUUGCAAUCUCACCUUCAUGCCCGCUAUGCUCCAAUUUCGAUGAAACCAGAGAUCAUCUUCUACUCUCAUGCGCUUACAGCCAAUCCAUUUGGAAGGAAGUCUUCGUCCGAUGCAACACACCGAGAAGAGCUUUUACCGACUGGUCGGAACUCCUCUCUUGGAUCAGAGCCACUCCAUCGAAGAAGUUCUCUCUGCUCAGGAAAAUCGCGACUCACGCUGUGGUUUACCACAAAUGGAAGCAGAGGAAUAACUUGGUGCAUAAUCAGUCAUCCAUUCCGGCGAGCACUGUGUUCAACGGCAUUGAUAAGGAAGUCCGCAACAUUAUCUCUGCAAGGCGCUACAGGAAGCUCUAUGAUUCACUCAUGGUCCUAUGGUUUAAGAUAAAAUUUGUGUAA